AUGACUUAUUCAUAGUCCUAUCACUACUAUCCCUCUUCCGUCUCAACGCUCUCCUCGUGCACUCCGUCACCUUCUUGAUUUCCAGAUCCCAUUUCUCUCUCUCUUUCCAUCAAUGGCUUCUUUUACAACCUCAUCAGCUACCAUGUCCUGCUCCUUGAUGCCAAAUCAGGCACUUAACCGUGUCGCGAAUUUGAAGACAUCAUCACUUUCUUUCAAGGGAAUAAGCUUCUCUUCCAUCAGAUUGAAUCCAGCCACUCGUCGCCUCAGUAUUACUUGUGCGGCUAAGCCAGAGACAGUCAACAAAGUGUGUGAUAUUGUGAAGAAACAAUUGGCUCUUUCGGCUGAUACUGAAGUCAGUGGAGAAUCGAAGUUUGCUGCGCUUGGUGCUGAUUCUCUUGAUACGGUGGAGAUUGUCAUGGGACUUGAGGAAGAGUUUGGUAUCUCCGUGGAAGAAGACAGUGCUCAGAGUAUUACAACAGUUCAAGAUGCUGCAGACCUGAUUGAGGAUCUCAUUUCAAAGAAAGCUUGAGAUACUGAACUUCAGAGCCUCAGCUAGUUAGUUCAUUAGGGUAUCUCAUUUUCGUGGUCUUUUACAGUUCAAGAUGCUAGUUAAAAAAAAACUCUGUUUCAUCAGAGGAGAACCCUGGUGGCCAGGCUUGUUACAUUUUCUGUGGAACCCUGCAAUUAAAUCUAUAGAUUUACAUUUGGCUUUUU